UCUAGUUUAAUUUGAACAUUUCCUCUUUUCUUCUCUAGCCAGUUUGUGUGGAAGAUUAUUUCUCCUUCUUCUUCUUCUUCUUCAAUUCUUUAAAGAGUAUAAAAUAUGGAUGAGCAGAACAGAAACCCUAGCAGAGCUGACAGAAAGACAGUUGAGAGGAACAGAAGAAAUCAAAUGAAAGCCCUCUACUCAACCCUCAACUCUCUUGUCCCUCAUCAGCAAUCCACUGAGAUGUUGUCAUUGCCGGAUCAGCUGGAUGAAGCGGUGAGUUACAUAAAGAAGUUGCAGAUAAAGUUGGAGAGGAUGAAGGAGAAGAAGGAAAGCUUGAGAGGAGGGUGCAGCAGCCAUGAUCAUCAAAGCUCGAGCAUAGCAGCUUCAAGGUCUAGCAAUGGCGGUGGCGGGAUGGCGGCGGCGGUGGGGGGAUUGAAACUGCCACAUGUCGACAUCCACCACGUUGAUUCAGCUGUGGAGGUGGUUCUGAUUACCGGCGGCGGCGGCGUGGAUUGUUCCCAGUCCUCCAUGUUUAAUGAUGUCCUUCGAAUGCUCCACGAGGAAGGCGCCGACAUCAUCAGUGCCAGCUUCUCAUCUCUCGACAACAUGGUUUUUCACACCAUACAUUCUCAGAUUGAAAAGUCUGGAUGUGCAUAUAAAGCUCAAAGGAUCUCAGAGAGACUUCAUAGCUUUGUGAAUGGUGCAAGCUAGCUAGCUAUAUCUACAUAUAUAGCUAAGUAAUAAAUAUAAUAACUAGUUUUGGGUAAUUCAUUUUGUGCUUACAUUACAUAUAUAUUGUUGAAAUAUCAUUGUACUGUGGUUUAUAUAUAUAUAUAUAUAUAUAUGUUGUUCAAGUGCAUGUGUUUGUGUGUGUUCAUGUGAAUUUCACUUCACUUCUGUACAUAUAAUUUGUCUGAAUUGAUUUGAUUGUUUUUUGUUUUGUAGCUUUAAUUUG